AACAUAACAAAAGACUGUGAUGAUGGUCAAGGUUGACGUUGUUGGUUUGGACAAAUUUUGUGUUGUUAUGAUUAAUUGUGAAACUUAAAGUACAUAGGCGAUGACAGGUGGCAAGGGUCUGUAACUGUCACACAUCAAGAACUGGUCAUUGAUUUCUAACUAAACUUAAUCAGUAUGUUCGGCUGCUAGUUAUAAUUGGAGAUGAAUUUCAGCUCAAAGAAAAAUGUCUUAGUAAAUUUGGUUCGUAGUUUUCGACCCAUUUCUUUUGAAGGCUUUCACACUUCAAGAACUUCCCAUGAAAAAAAUUAUUACGAUGUGUUAAAUGUAAAAAGUGACUGCAGUCCAAAAGAAAUUAGGGAUUCAUUCAUUGACCUUGCAAAAAAGCACCAUCCUGAUGCAAACCAAAAUGAUCCUAAAAGUCAUGCCCGGUUUGUAGAACUCCAGAAGGCGUAUUCCAUUCUCAGCGCACCCUCCAAACGGCAUGACUAUGAUGUUGGUCUGAGAUCGCCAUAUCAGUCGAGGCCUGGCCGAAGACCAAUGGAACCUACAGACGACGACUCUAGAUAUUAUCACGAUCAUUUUAGUGAUGAAUUUAAAGAAUUCUAUUAUAGAAGCCAACGACAUACAGACCCCAACCCACCAGCACAGGUUGGAGCUUUCAAAGUUACUGUUCUCCUUCUAGCGUUCACAACAGUUGGGGCCUUCCUCCAGUAUAUAUUUCUAAGGUGGCUGUAUAGACGCAAUUUUAAUGAAGAAAUGGAAAGACAUCAUAAAGCAACUGCUUCAUACCAUGCACUUAAGCAAGAGAUGGAUAAACGGUCUGAAGAGUAUGACAUAGGAAAGUUGAGAGCAGCGUAUUUUAAAGAAAUUAAUGGGCUGGUUGCCAUGCACUUAGUUCCUGAUCUGAUACGUCCGGAGUUACCAAGUGCUCGUUCUAAGGGUCAAAAUGUGAAGGUGGAAGUAUCAUCUAUUAAUGCUGUCCAAGUUCCAGAUAAAGCAAGCACAUCAGUGUCUGAAAGCUCAAAGAUUGAUAGCUAGUUCCUUCAAUAUUUAGGAUUUAGGUAACAAUUAUAGGUUGAUAUUACAAACAAAUUUGAAUUGAGAGUCCAUGAAAAUAGUUGUUUUGUUUGUUCCCCAGAUUUGAUUUGUCUUUGUUUCCUUUCAAAGUGUAAAAUGUGUGAAUAAAUUAGCUCAUCGUCUCAGUUC